GGCACGACCUAGGUCAACUUAGCGCACGCCGCACGCUGAUUGCGCCAAGAUUGUGGAGGACUACGACGCUGCUACUGGCGGCAGAUCUGAGUCGAUUGCUCUUGAACGACAUGCCACACAGUUGUGUUCGGGGAAUCGAACACAACUUGCUUGGGAAGGGCGAGUGCGAGUCCAUUAUAUAGAUUUCAUCGCCGCGGCCAUUUCACAACAGCUAUGGCGGCCACGGCGAGCGAUCAGAAGACCCCACUCCUCCUGCCGUUGCCGGAUGGCGGCGGCGGCGGGCACGGGGCGAGCGCGCAGCUGGAGCGUAUCCUCGGCGACGAGUCGGCGCCGCGGGCACGGCGGCUGGCGCGCGCGGCGCGGGAGGAGCUCCGGCUGCUGCUGGCCCUGGCCGCGCCGGCCGUGGCCGUCUACAUGAUCAACUACGCCAUGUCCCUGUCCACGAGGAUCUUCUGCGGGCAGCUCGGCACGCUCGAGCUCGCCGCCGCCUCGCUCGGCAAUGUCGGCAUCCAGGUCUUCGCGUACGGCAUCAUGCUGGGCAUGGGCAGCGCGGUGGAGACGCUGUGCGGGCAGGCGUACGGCGCGCACAGGUACGAGAUGCUGGGCAUCUACAUGCAGCGGUCCUUCGUCCUGCUGGCCGGCGCCGGCGUCCCGCUCGCCGCCAUCUACGCGUUCUCGAAGCAGAUCCUGCUGCUGCUGGGGGAGCCCGAGCGGAUCGCGGAGGCCGCCCGGGCGUUCGUGGUCGGCCUCAUCCCGCAGAUCUUCGCCUACGCGCUCAACUUCCCCAUGCAGAAGUUCCUGCAGGCGCAGAGCAUCGUGGCGCCCAGCGCCUACAUCUCCGCGGCCACGCUGGCCCUGCACGUAGCCCUCAGCUGGGUCGCCGUGUACAGGCUGCGCCUGGGCCUGCUGGGCGCGUCGCUGGUGCUCAGCCUCAGCUGGUGGGUCAUCGUCGCCGCCCAGUUCGCGUACAUCGUCACGUCCCGGAGGUGCCGGCGGCGCACGUGGACGGGCUUCUCCUGCCAGGCCUUCUCCGGCCUGCCGGAGUUCUUCAGGCUCUCGUCCGCGUCCGCGGUCAUGCUUUGCCUCGAGACGUGGUACCUGCAGGUCACAGUGCUCAUGGCAGGCUUGCUCAAGGACCCGGAGAUCGCCCUUGAUUCGCUUGCAGUAUGCAUGUCCAUAUCAGGAUGGGUGUUCAUGGCGUCGGUAGGAUUCAACGCGGCUGCUAGCGUGAGGGUGAGCAACGAGCUCGGCGCCGGGCACCCCAAGGCGGCAUCCUUCUCCGUCAAGGUCGUCACGAUUGUGUCGUUCACGGUGGCGUCGACUAUAGCCGCCGUCCUCAUGUGCCUCCGCGACUACCUCAGCUACGUCUUCACCAAAGGGGACGACGUCGCGCGCGCCGUGUCCGCCAUGACCCCGCUGCUCGCCGUCACCAUUGUGUUCAACGGAAUCCAGCCCGUCCUGUCUGGUGUCGCGGUUGGAUGCGGGUGGCAAUCGUUCGUGGCGUACGUGAACGUCGCGUGCUACUACGGCGUCGGCAUCCCCCUGGGCUGCGUUCUCGGAUUCUACUUUGAUCUUGGUGCCAUGGGGAUAUGGGGUGGAAUGAUAGGCGGGUUAUUUGCUCAAACGCUCAUUCUUACCUGCGUCACACUUCGUGCUGAUUGGAAUAAAGAGGUAGAACAAGCGCGCAUGAGGCUAAAUAAAUGGGAAGACAAAAAGAAGCCCCUUUUGACAUAAGAUCAACAAGUUAGUUACAUGCACGCCUUUUCAGAUGGGAAGACAAAAACAAGCGGCCUAAUUAAUAUGCUCUUUUUGAAUGAUGAGAUUAAUCCGUAUCGGCUUCUACUGCUUCUACAAUGUUUCUUUGUCUCUAUCGAUUGCAGUUGCAGCAGUUUAAAUAGUUGUCUUUAAUCCGAAAAGAUAUUUUUGCCAUCCAUUAUUGCAAUAGUUUGUAGCAAAUAGCUAGGCAAAGUAAUUGACAUGCUAUUGAAGUUUGACAAAGUAACUAAUCAUUUCCAUGGGGCAUUCAAAUGAUAAAGCUGAAAUUCAAACAAGAAAAGACUUGUGGCUUUAAUUUUUUGGGUGAAGCUUUC